AUGGCCAGUAUUUUAAAGCGUCUGAAAUCACCACUGCAGAAGGAGGAUGACGGAGGUAUUCAAAUCAGUUUUAUAUGGCUCGGGAAGCGCCUCGAGCCCGUGAAUCUCGACCGGGACUCCCGAUGUCAGUUCUACGAAUGCACCUGGCAGCUAGGUCGCUACGAGCACGAAAUCUACGAAGGUGAAAUUUCAGAUUCACCGCCGAUGGAAUUCGAUCUCGACAUUAAUAACGAGCGCUGGGAAGCCGAUAGCUACCGCGUCGACAUCGGAUAUGUGAACGGCCAUAACCAUGACUUGAAGAACAUCGGGUCUGUGUGCCAAUGGUUUGCCUGGAAAAGUAUCACAAAGUCAACGCAUACGGUGGAUGUGGAUGCGCCUUGGCAUAUUCGGGCGAGGGUUAAUGCUCCAACUGAUAUAUUUUUACCGCCGAAACAAAAUAAUCCUGAAGGCAAGAUUACAGUGGUAAUGAACUUGUUUAGGGAUGGGAAGGUGAGAGGAAAUUGGAAGCCUGCCGAAAAACUUGCUUGGGCGUUCGACGAUAUACAUAAACCAAUAUCUCAAUUCAUUUUUAAAAUGAGCUUCUAUGAAAUUAAAGAAGCAGUACCAAAAAUCAUUAGUGCUCCACCCUUAAAAGAACUUCUCGCGGACGCCCCUGGUCCAGUUGUGUCGAAUAUUCCAAAACAGAUACCAGGUCAACCGAAAAUCUAUCAAGAAGAUAAAUUACGACGCAAUCCAGAAAUGGGCACAACAGGACAGCCUCCGGCUCCAAUUCAUAUUGACGAAGAUAUCGAAAAAAUGACAUCGCAAGAAAAGGAUAUAGAAAUAAUGCGCUUAAGGAAAAUUGUCGCGGACAUGCGAGAUGAAAAGGAUAUUCGUGCCAAAAGAUCAAACUUUUCUCGAGACAUGUCUUUAGUGGUGUUGUAA